UCGCCUUUUACAAUUACAAAAAUCCUCCAUUGUUGAAUUCUCAGCAGGAGACCUCCGACGCUGUGAAUUGCAGGUCAGACUGAGCCUCCUCCGUCUAGCUCCGGAACGUCUGCCGGAUCCGUAACCCCUAGCCUCAAAGAUAAUUUCCGGCGAUCAGGCGCCCCCUACGGAUUUGCGGCUCCUCGAUCUGUCAGAUCGGAGAGAUGCCGGUCGCUGCUUCCGCUAUCUACUUCUUGAACCUUCGCGGCGAUGUCCUCAUCAAUCGCCUCUACCGCGAUGACGUCGGGGGGAACAUGGUGGAUGCCUUUCGAAUGCACAUAAUGCAAACAAAGGAACUCGGGACCUGCCCCGUGCGGCAGAUUGGAGGUUGCUCCUUCUUUUACAUGAGAAUUAGCAACGUGUACAUUGUGAUUGUUGUCAGCACCAAUGCUAAUGUAGCUUGUGCAUUCAAGUUUGUUGUUGAGGCUGUUGCACUCUUCAAGUCAUAUUUUGGGGGAGCUUUUGAUGAAGAUGCUAUCCGGAAUAAUUUUGUUUUAAUUUAUGAGCUUCUGGAUGAAAUUAUGGACUUUGGAUACCCUCAAAAUCUUUCUCCCGAGAUAUUAAAGUUAUAUAUCACUCAGGAAGGAGUGCGGUCCCCAUUCUCAUCCAAGCCUUCAGAGAGACCUGCUCCUAAUGCGACAUUACAAGUUACUGGUGCUGUUGGUUGGAGGAGGGAGGGUCUUGCUUACAAAAAGAAUGAGGUCUUCCUUGAUAUUGUGGAAAGCGUGAACCUUCUAAUGUCUUCGAAAGGGAGUGUGCUGCGCUGUGAUGUGACUGGAAAGAUUCUAAUGAAGUGCUUUCUCUCUGGAAUGCCUGAUCUGAAGUUGGGUUUAAAUGAUAAAAUUGGGCUCGAGAAAGAGGCACAGCUCAAGUCUCGUCCUACUAAAAGUGGUAAGACUAUCGAGCUUGAUGAUGUAACAUUUCAUCAAUGCGUAAAUUUGACAAGGUUUAACUCCGAAAAAACUGUCAGCUUUGUCCCUCCCGAUGGAGAAUUUGAACUUAUGAAGUAUCGUAUCACUGAAGGUGUGAAUCUUCCAUUCCGGGUAUUGCCAACAAUUAAGGACCUUGGUCGUACACGCAUGGAAGUUAAUGUUAAGGUUAAGAGUGUUUUUGGUGCGAAAAUGUUUGCUCUUGGGGUUGUCAUUAAAGUUCCUGUACCAAAGCAAACAGCAAAAGCAAGUUUCCAGGUGACCUCAGGGCGCGCAAAAUACAAUGCUUCCAUUGAUUGCUUGGUUUGGAAGAUUAGGAAAUUUCCAGGACAAACUGAGUCAACCAUGAGUGCAGAAGUUGAGUUGAUCACAACAAUGGUCGAAAAGAAACCUUCUACAAAACCGCCGAUCCAGAUGGAGUUUCAGGUUCCGAUGUUUACAGCAUCAGGGCUACGGGUUCGCUUCCUAAAGGUAUGGGAGAAGAGUGGGUACAACACAGUCGAGUGGGUCCGUUACAUUACCAAGGCCGGCUCCUAUGAGAUUAGAUGCUGAUGAAGCAUGAGCCAGAGGGGCUUAAAUGCCGGAGCUACUGCUACGUCUUGAGAUGUAGUUUACCGUAGAGAGUAAAAAGCAAAGCUGCAUAUCAUCCAUUUCAGGGAGAGGGUGGAAGCUUACCAUGUAGCACGGGUUUCUGCUUCGUUGUAUGAUCGAGAGGUAUUUUUGCAUCAUUUGUUGUUUGUCCAUAUUGUUUCUGUCGGACUAGGGUCUGGUUAAUUGGUGUUGUAAAGGCUGGUCCAUGCUUCAAAAUCGGAUGCUCGACGUACUUUUUAUUCUUUGGGUUCUUUCAGUUUCGCACUUGCUGUCAUCGAUUUGGUGGAUUUUUGCAUCUGCUGUUAGGACUCUUGUAACCAGUAGGUGGGUUUAUCUUCAAGAUAUAUAGUCCAAUCGCAUUGAGAAGAUUAUUUAUGUAUUAUUACACAUUCGGAUGUUAAUUGCAAAAGAGUGAGUCGGAACUCACAUCGCACGACCCAAAAAAUUGGGGUGGAUGUCAAUUGUAACCGCGUGACUUGAGUCCUCGUGAUGUACAGUUGACCACCGAAUGGCCAAAUGUUUGUUUGA